CUAACUUCAAUGAAGAUGCCUGAAAUAAUCAAGCAGAUCCUCUCAGUAGUUCCUCUUGCAGUACUUCUAUUGUCAUUGGGAGCUGCUGGUAUUUCUCUUGGUCUCCUUCAGGCUAACACUGAUAAUGGGGUAAGAUGCUUUUUCUUCGUUUCUUAUGCUCAAGCUAUGAACUCAAGUCUGGUAAAUUAUAAUGUACCCACUUGUCAGCUAAGUAUAGCAAGUGCUACCAUUGCUACAAUAUGUCUGGCUCUGCUAACUGCCAUUGAGCUAAUCAGUGUUUCAUUUCAAAUAUAUGUCAAAAGGUUGAUUGCUAACAUUAUUCAAGCUGGAUUCUUUGUUGGUUCUAUUUUGUUCCUAUUCAUUACCAUGAUUGUGGUUUCAGCUGGUUGGGGAAAGACCUGUGCUACAUACAGGAACAUAACAAGCUCAGGUGGUACUUCAAAUUCAGCCUUUAACAUUGACUGCACUGGACCACAAUAUAUCUCUGAUGUUGGACCUUUUGCACCAAAUGGUGCAGAUUUCAUUACAGCUGCUGUAUUUGCUGGUGUUGGUGCUGUAUCAGCUAUUGGAGCUUUUUGCUACUUAAUUGUGAAGCUGAUGAGGAGGCAAAAAGAUGAUAAUGAAGCUACUCCAAAAAACUGAACACUGACUAUAAAUGUCCAUUGGCUCUGAUUGCUGAUU